AAACUUCAUGUCACCGUGUCACGUCAACUUUUCACGGGAAACGAAAAUAAUAUUCGAUUUUCGGUGUUUUUCACGAUUAUUCAUUGAAAAUAUAAUAAUUAUCCGAAGUGCUAAGAUUCAGAGAUGAACUCUGCAACCCCAGGUGUGCCGCAGGUCCCGCUGUUGGAUGACGACACACUCGCGUUCGGGGAAGAAGACAACGCGGGGAAGAAAUUUAUCCACCCAUACAUCGUGUUCUUCCACCUGGUGUUCCGCUGCUCCGCCAUCGUGGUGUACAUCCUCUGCGGAUGGUUCUCCGACUCCUUCAUAGCCUCCUUCGUGCUGGUUAUCCUGCUGCUGUCCGCUGACUUCUGGAGCGUCAAGAAUAUCACUGGCCGUCUGCUCGUGGGUUUGAGAUGGUGGAACUAUGUUGAUGAUGAUGGAAAAUCGCACUGGGUCUUCGAAUCCAAGCAGAACCGUGUGAACCGGAAUGAGAGCCGACUGUUCUGGCUGGGGCUGAUCCUGUGCCCCCUCGUGUGGAGCGGUUUCUUCCUCAUGUGUCUCUUCACCCUCAAGUUUAAAUGGAUGCUCCUCGUACUAAUCGCCCUAACCCUCAGCGGUGCGAACCUAUACGGCUACAUCAAAUGCAAGUUCGGGGCCAAGGAGAACCUACAAUCAGCCACAACUGACUUCGUCAGGAAACAGAUACUUCAAAACGCAACGUCAUUCAUGUUCUCACAACCUUCUCCGCCUAAUGCGGCUGGUGGGAAUAGUGCUGGCGUAGUUUAAGCAGUUUUAGAUUUUAAUUGAAAGAAUAUGGAGGUGAUUUUGCCAUAAAUGUGUUAAGAAAGAGAUACAAUAGAACGAGACUUGUUUAUGUUCUCACAAUCUUCGCCUAAUGUUGAGGUUAGAAAUAUGUAGCGUAAAGCCAUUUCGGACUUUGACUUAAGGACCAUAGGAUUGAUUUUUGUCUUAAACGUGUGAAGAAAAAAAAAUACAGAAGACGAUAGGGGUGGGAAUAGUACUGCCAUAGUUUAACUUUUAUUUUGAACUCUAAUUUGGAGGUACAGGGGUUAUUUUGCUAUAAAUAUGUAAUCUGAUGUUCUUGUAAGUAAAAACUAAAACAUAUUCUUUUGAUGUUUAACACAUUUUUGGUUCAAAAUCAUCUUUACUAUUAUAUUUUCUUUGUAAAUAAAGUUCCUUGAUCUUU